AUGUUACCGGUUCCACUUGGAGUGAUAUCCUCACCCUUUUUAUUAGCAGCUACUCUUAAUUACCAUUUAGAAAAUCAUGGAAGCAAAACAGCUCUAGAAAUUAAGAAAAAUUUCUAUAUAGACAAUAUUAUCUUGUCUUCAAAUGGGGCUCAAGAAGCCUUCAAAAUCCACAAAGAAAUGAAAGAAAUCUUCAAAAGGGCCUCAAUGAAUAUAGGGGGAUUCUUUUUAAAUGACAAUGAAUUUAACAAACUUGUCCCUGAAAAUGAUCGAUCAAGAGAUCAAUCGUUAGAAAACGAGGAUUUAAGAACAUGGAGUGAACUUACCAAUCAAUGGCCAACAAGAGUAAAGGCAGUAUCACGUAAACCAGCCGAUAUAGCAACGAUAGAUAGCUCGCCAAAUGAACUUGCCCAAUCUGAAGUUUGGUGGAACAGACCUGACUGGUUGAAAGAUGAAGAAUUAGCAUGGCCACAAUGGGAACAUAACAUUUGUUAUGAAGAAAUAGACAAGGAAGCAUAUAAAGACGAAAGCAGACACAGCAGCGCAUACAAUAGCACACUUCACGAAAAGAAAUUUUCGAAUAAUGCAAAAUCAAGAUUACAGCAUGGAUAUUAA